AUGAAAGAAACCAAGCAACCAGAGUUGCGAAACCUCAUGAUAUCCGAAAAUGUAUCUGAAGUUCAUUCCGAUGAACUGAAAGAAUCACUUCGGCAAUCUUCACCAUCAUGGCUUAUGAGAGUGGGUUUCUCUAUACCUCUUCUCAUCAUCCCAAUUGCCUAUACCAUUCUCCUCGUCAUAAUGGGUUAUCUCCAUGGAAAAAAGCAGUCCUCUUUCGGCGAUACGGUGCUUGAGGUUAUCAGUGUCGCUUCUACGUUAUGGCCUAUCUUAUUCGCAGCGGUCCUCGGUCCACUACUGAAGACUAUCGCACUCUUCCGUGCCGAACGAGGUUCGACAUUAGGCUCUCUGGAGUUCCUGUUGGCCAGUCAGACCACAGCAUCUGCUCUGAAAAACUUCAUAACCAUGGGCUGGAUCGGCAGCUGGGUUGUAGUUGUUCUUUCAGUAUGGUCCCUUAGUCCUUUGGGAGGUCAAGCCGCGCUCCGUUCGUUGCAUCGCCAGCAGAAUCCUCUAUGGAUGGAAACACGAGCAGCAUACUAUCUCGGCAACAAUAGAAGUGAGAUCUACCAGUAUUAUCGUGAUGGAGCGAGCGUGUUUUUUGGUGCAUCUGCUGCGGCAUCCUUGAUUUCCAAUAUGAGAACCAUUCUUUCUGCCUCGUUCUCAAAACAGGACACUUUAGUCUCUCAUGCCAAUAGCAGCAGUCCUUAUUACAAUAGUACGAUUGCGGAUAUUGGAGGUCAAUGGGAAGCUUCACGCAGUGGACGCAGAGAUCUCUGGCGGAACGUCCGCAUUCCUUUCAUUGAACUAUUGCCCGAGUACAGGAGCGACAACCCACAUGCCUGGGUACCAGUUCCUGAGGAUGAAAUCGUCCCUUACACCUCGUUGAUAGGACUCCCCAUCAGAAAUGGUUCAUUCGAAGGGACAGGAAACUCAACCAUGAUAGUUGAUUUCCAUUAUAUGGUUCUCUCAUGCAGGAAAGCCUUUGAUGGACGCGAAUGGGUCAGCAACGGUUCGACAGCGCUAUCAUUUCAUAACACCAAUUCUGAACGUCUUUUGAAACAUCAAUUUAAUGAGGAAGGUAUGGGAUACCGCAAAAUCUGGCUCGAUUUACCGAACAGCUCAACAACUGCAGAGCAUAUCAAUGCCCAAUUGGAUGUCGAGCCACAGUCCAAGUUGCAACUUGUGAUGGGUGGCGAAUGCUUGGAUACACAACCAACUUCGAACUCUCUAGAUGUGGAACUUAUUCCGAUGCUAAGGAUCUGUGACAUAAGCACGUCAUAUAUCGACAUGGAGGUCACUUGCAGAAGAUUAGCAGCCGAUGCUGACUUGGUGUGUCAGGCUAAUCGGGUUCGACAUGCGCCUUCGUAUCCGAUCAAGGGCAACUGGACAGCACUUUCAAACUACAGGCUGCCUAGUAAAAUUCUAACUGAAUUGACAUACAUGGGUGCAAGUCAACAUGUCGCAGAACCUACUGUACUAGAGACGUAUCUAAGGGACCCUCUAGGAUUGUUUCGGCGUUCUCUUGGGGGUUACACUAGUGAUUACGAGCCACCUGGGUGUUUCUCCUCUCUUCCACCAUAUAUUUUGGAAAGAAGACUUGCGACUGCACUUAACACUAUCGUUAUGUCCUCAUAUGAGGUGAAUAUAGUAACCGGCGGAAAGGGAAUAGGUUCAGAACAAAACCAUUGGCAGAACACCACGGCGUCGUGGACGGAAUUCGACAGAGACAUAUACGUGUUGGAUAAGCCGUGGUUUAUUACGACAGUUGUUUCGACCGUGAUAUUAAUCAUUUGUGCUGUUGCUAACAUUAUUAUUCGACAACGCAUCAAGGCACCCGACUUUCUGGAUAAUAUCACCGGUCUUACAAGGGAUUCUCUGUUUAUUGAUUUACCUCAAAGCGGAAGUGGAAAGAGUGGUCUCGAUCGACUUGCAACGAUUAAGAAUGUUAGUGUUCGAAUUUGUGAUGUUUAUCCAGAGCGCGAGGUUGGAAGAAUUGCUUUGACGACGGAACUGAAUAGCCCAGGACUGAGAUGGGGUCGAAGUUAUGAUUGA